GUAGUUAUCGUAUUGGAGACGUUGUGGGAAGUUAGGGAUUUUGAAUGGUAAAAUGUCAGAAGAAAGCGCUGUUAAAGUUUGCGUGAGGGUCCGCCCGCUCAUCCAAAGAGAGAAGAGUGCCAUUCAGGAUGGAGAGGAAGCGGUUCCUCUUUAUUGGAAAACGGAUAAACAUGCUGUUUGUCAAGUGGAUGGCACAAAAUCUUUUAACUUCGACCGAGUGUUUAGUACAGAUGAAACCACAGAUAAGGUGUACCAAGAUGUAGCACAACCGCUUGUGGUCUCUGCUGUGAAUGGCUACAAUGGAACUAUUUUUGCCUAUGGUCAGACUUCUUCAGGAAAGACAUUCACAAUGAUGGGAAGUGAAAGCUCACUUGGAGUCAUACCUUUAGCAAUUCAAGAUAUAUUUAAAACAAUUGAAGCGACCCCUAAUAGGGAGUUUCUGCUCCGUGUGUCCUACAUGGAAAUAUACAAUGAGACUGUAACAGAUCUGCUCUGUGACAGCAGGAAAAAGAAACCUUUAGAAAUUCGUGAGGCUAUGAAUAGAACUGUAUAUGUUGCUGAUCUGACAGAAGAAGUUGUUGUAACCGUAAAGCAUGUUCUGGAGUGGAUAAAGAAAGGAGAGAAAAAUCGUCAUUACGGAGAGACCAAAAUGAAUGAGCGAAGCAGCAGGUCUCAUACAAUUUUCAGAAUGAUUUUGGAAAGCAGAGAAAAAAGCGAUCCUUCUAAGGGAGAAAAUGUGGAUGGAGCUGUCAUGGUUUCCCACCUGAAUUUGGUUGACUUGGCAGGAAGUGAAAGAGCUAGCCAAACUGGAGCAGCAGGUCUUAGACUAAAAGAAGGCUGCAAUAUUAACCGGAGUUUGUUCGUCAUUGGCCAAGUAAUCAAAAAACUGAGUGAUGGCCAUGCUGGGGGAUUUAUCAAUUAUAGAGACAGCAAACUUACCAGAAUUCUUCAAAAUUCUUUGGGUGGUAAUGCAAAAACAGUGAUCAUUUGCACAAUCACUCCAGCCACAAUUGAAGAAACACUCAGCACUCUUCAGGUAACCAGCACUGCUAAACACAUGAAGAAUGAUCCUCACGUCAAUGAGGUGUUGGAUGACGAGGCAUUGAUGAAAAGAUAUCGAAAUGAAAUUGUGGAGCUCAAGAAACGUCUGGAAGAGGUUUUUUCUGCGACACGUGCACAUGCAACUGAGAAGAUUGAAUUUGCACAGCUACUGUUGGAAAAGGAACAACUUCAAAGAGAACAAGAAGAUAGAAUAAAGAACUUGACCAAAAUUAUUGUUACCUCAGAUUUAUCAAAGAAGGAACUGAAGAUAAAAAAUAAGAGGAGAGUUACCUGGGCUCCAGGGAAAUUGCGUGAUAGCUUGCAUUCAAGUGGAGGAUUUAAGUUUGAUGGUCUGCCUACAUCUGAACCUUUUGUCAAAAGAAUGAAAUGUGAAAUGUCAACACUAACUGAAUUUGAAGACUCCGAUUGUACUGAAAUUGAGGAUUCAUGGUCACAUACCUUGGAUGAUCCAUUUGAACUAGAUGCAAGUCGUAACGUAUCUGUUCGCAGGAGCAGAAAUGCUUAUUCCACUGCUUUAGAGGAAUAUCCGCCAUUUGAUGGACAGGAAAGUGCAUUUGAUGUGGCUUCUCCUCAAAUGGAUGACAAGGAAGCUACAAUUGCAAAUUUAGAACAGCAGCUUCAAAGUGAAAGAAAUGAAAAAGCUCUACUGACCGGAAUGAGAAGCUUCUUGGAGAAAAGGGUGUCUGAACUAGAGCAGCAGCUACAGUCCCAAGCUGGGGAGGUUAAAGGAGCAGAACCCGAGGAAGUGAAAGGGGUCCUUGAAGAGCGGAUUGUUGAUUUGGAGCGGCAAGUCUUGGAAAACCAAACUAAAGAGCUAGAACAUGAAUAUGUCAGGAAGGGCCUAGAAGAGAGAAUUCUAGAGCUUGAACAGCAGCAUUCAACAUCUAAAGAAGAAUAUACUGAAAAUAAAGCUGCUUUGGAGAAAAGGAUUAUGGAGCUGGAGCAUAGUCUUCACAUUCAGGAGAACCAAGACAAGGAUAAUCUUCAGGACUCUCGUCAACAGGAUUUACUGGAGACUAUACAGCUUUGUGAAGCUCUGGAGGCUGAAAAGGAGAAAUUGCUUUCAGAGAUGGAUGUUCUCCGUGAUGCAUGUGAUAACAUGACACUGGAAAUUGAAGGAUUAAGAAAUGAAAAAAAGGAACUGCAAUUCAAACUUAAGGAGAAGAAUGAAAUGCAUGAAUUUGAGGCUCUGGAGAAAGAAGUUCGGCAUGAACAUGAGGCUGACCUAAUGCAUGAAAUCACCAGCUUAAAGAAAGGCACUGAAAAUGCUGAAGUAUGUAUCCAAGGCCUUAAGGCUGAACUUUCUCGGACUAAAGAGUUGAUUGCAGACCUACAGUCAUCAGUGGAUAAAGAUUUGGUGGAGCAGAUUCAUCAGCUAAGGCAUUCGCUUCAAGAUGCAGAGACUGUCACUCGUGACACCAAGAAAGAAUUUGCAAUCCUUAGAAGUGAAAAUCUGGAGAUGAAGGAAAAAAUGGAUGAAAAGACAGUGAAGUAUCAGCAGAUGGAAAAGGAUAGGCUGACAUUGUGCAGUCAGCUGGAGGCUGAAAAGUUACGCUAUAAGAACAUGCAAAUUGAUCUGCAGAAGGAACUGCAGCAGGCCUUUAUUGAAAAUACUAAACUAACUACACUUCUGGAUGGCAAGGUUCCCAAAGAUCUGGUUGAACGUAUUGAGCUAGAAAGAAGAGUUGCAGAUCUAAAGAAGGAAUUAAAACAAACGGUUGCAGAUAAAACUGCUUUAAAGGAGGAGGUUGAUGCUUCAUCAGCACUCCAGCACCUACCUGAAAAAGUUGCAGGACUAAUGAAGCAGGUCUGUCGUGUGACUAAUGAGCUGUGCAUUGUGACAUCUGAAAGAGAAGGCCUGGACUCGAAAAUUGCUGAAAGAGACAGUAGGAUUCAGGAAUUGACUGAAGCUGCUAAGCAGGCAAGUGAGAAGCUGUCAGAAACCGUAUCCAAGCUAAACGACGCAGAGAUGAAGGUGGUGGACUUAAUGCAGCAGCUCAGUGAAGUGCAGCAGUUAAUGCAAUCAACUCAAAACUGUGAACAAAUCAAGGCUGAAUCUGAGAGCCUAAUAGCAGACAAAGAACAACUCCUAAAUGAUCUACAGAUGCUGGAAAUACAGUUAACUACACUGUCAGAUGAACUUAACCAGAAAUCUGUGGAAGUGAGUGGCCUCCAGUCUGAGAAAGAAACUUUGACUGAGAGCCUGGACAGAUUGAAUGUAGAGCUGGAGCUGAGGACCAAUGUGUCCCAGUUGGAGAGGAUGGAGCAGGGUAACAAACUGCAGCAGCUCCAUGGAGAGAUGGAAGCUCUUAAUCAAGAAAAAGAUUGCCUCCAGCAAGUUCUGGAGACUGUGCAGUCUGAGCGAGAUGCACUGACUAAUGUUCAACAAGAUCUAGAAAAGACUCUGACUGACCUAUGCAACACUCGGGAAGAGUUGAACCAGACCCAGCAGUUGGUAGGUGGCCUGAAGAAUCAGAUUGAAGAAAAAGAAGCUCAGUUGGCCAGUAUGGUAGAGAGAACAUUGUCAAAAUGUGUGGAGAAGGAGAUUUCUGUAGAUACUUUAGGCUAUAGCAACCUAUUGGCUGAGAAAGAGGAGCUGCUCCAGAGCCGGAACAGGCUUGUUGCGGAGGUAGAGUGCCUGCAGGAGGAAUUGAGCACCAGUACAUCUCGACUGGCGUGCAUGGAGAGGGAUAAUCUAGAGCAGACUUGCAGGCUGCAAUAUCUAGAGGAGAAGAUGGCAGCAACAGCACAAGCACGAGAUGAGCUCCUUCAAAAACUGGAGGUCAUGCAGGUGAAUACUGAAUCUGUAAACCAGGUUGCUGAGGAGUUGAUAACCAGUGAACGAGAUGAUAUUCUGGCUGAGAGGAGAAACACUGCACCGAGUUCAGACCUUCAGGUGGAAGUAUUGCAAGAACGAAUUUCAUCUCUUGUUAAGGAGAGAGAUGAGCUUCAAGAAAUACUGGAAGGUGUCAGAACUGAAAAGAACCAAUUGAAGGCUGACAUGCAGGAGAAUACUGAAUUGUCUGUUGAGAUUCAGGAACAAUUGAGAGUGUCCCAGCAGGAGCUUGAGCAGCAGCAGAGACUAGUUAAUGAACUGAAAAGUCAGAUUGCAGAGAAAGAACUACAGCUAUCAAACAUUGAAAUCAAAGAAUCUGCAAAUUUGGAGGACAAAGUUCUUCAGCUAACUGAGGCACUAAACUUGUUAACCAGUGAACGGGACCACCUCAUGACUGAGAGAGCUCUGGCAUCAAAUAUGGCUCGGCAAGCAGAGCCUGAGCUUCACCUGGGAGAGCUGCAGGAACAGAUUUCAUCUCUCACUAAGGAGAGAGACGAGCUUCAGGAAAUACUGGGGGGCAUCAAAAUGGAAAAGAAACAACUGGAAGCUGACCUGCAGGAAAACAUUGAGAUGGCUAUUGAUACUCAAGAAGAGCUGAGACAACAGCAGCAACAAAUCACUGACCUACAAAAACAGAUUGCAGUGAGAGAAUCCCAAGUAGUAAGUGGUGAAGAAAACUUGAGUGGAAUAAAAGAACUACAAGAAAAAAUGACUAUGGAACUGAAAGUGGUAACCUGCGAACGGGAUAAUCUCCUGGCUGAGAUGAGACAAUGUAGUUCAAAGUAUGAGCUUCAACUGGGAGUGCUUCAAGAACAGAUUUCAUUUCUCACUAAGGAGAGAGACGAGCUUCAGAAAAUGCUGGAGAGUGUCAGAGCUGAAAAGAACCAACUCCAGGCUGACCUGCAGGAGAACAUUGAGAUGGCUGUAGAGACUCAGGAGCAGCUCAGAAGUACUCAGGAACAGCUAGUAAGUGACCGGAAGAGUCAAACUGCAGAGAGAAAAUCUCUAUUGACAGACAGUGCUGAAGAGAAUAAGGAUUCAUUUACCGAAGAACUACGGGAAAAGGUUCGACAUCUCUCUGAAGAGUUGAAGCUCGUUACAGGUGAACGUGAUCAACUCUUGGCUGAGAGGAGAGACAUUGUUCAGGCAACUGAGACUGAACCUCAACUGGGAGUGCUUCAGGAACAGAUUUCAUCUCUCUCUAAGGAGAGAGAUGAGCUUCAGGAAAUACUGGAUGGUGUCAGAGCUGAAAAGAACCAGUUGAAGGCUGACAUGCAGGAGAACAUUGAGAUGAACAUUGAGAUUCAGGAAGAGCUCAGACAGCAGCAACAACUGGUCAGUGACCUGCAGAUCCAGACUGCACAGAGAGAAUCUGAACUGCAAGAAAAAAUUAACCAGGUGACGGAGGAGCUGAAGUUGGUAACUCGUGAACGUGAUCAUCUGGCUGAGAAGAGAGACAAUGAUCAAGGACUAGAGACUGAACUUCAACUGGCAGAGCUGCAGGAACAGAUUUCAUCUCUCACUAAGGAGAGAGAUGCGCUUCAGGAAAUACUGGAGAGUGUCAGAGCUGAAAAUAAUCAAAAUAUAGAGCUGGUGACGGAGGAGCUGAAGUUGGUAACUCGUGAACGUGAUCUGGCUGAGAAGAGAGACAAUGAUCAAGGACUAGAGACUGAACUUCAACUGGCAGAGCUGCAGGAACAGAUUUCAUCUCUCACCAAGGAGAGAGAUGCGCUUCAGGAAAUACUGGAGAGUGUCGAAACUGAAAAGAACCAGCUGAAGGCUGACAUGCAGGAGAAUGUUGAGAUGAACAUUGGAAUUCAAGAAGAGCUCAGACAGCAGCAACAACUGGUCAGUGACCUGCAGAUCCAGACUGCACAGAGAGAAUCUGAACUGCAAGAAAAAAUUAACCAGAUGACGGAGGAGCUGAAGUUGGUAACUCGUGAACGAGAUCAUCUGGCUGAGAAGAGAGACAAUAAUCAAAGACUAGAGACUGAACUUCAACUGGGAGAGCUGCAGGAACAGAUUUCAUCUCUCACUAAGGAGAGAGAUGCGCUUCAGGAAAUACUGGAGAGUGUCGAAACUGAAAAGAACCAGCUGAAGGCUGACAUGCAGGAGAAUGUUGAGAUGAACAUUGGAAUUCAAGAAGAGCUCAGACAGCAGCAACAACUGGUCAGUGACCUGCAGAUCCAGACUGCACAGAGAGAAUCUGAACUGCAAGAAAAAAUUAACCAGGUGACGGAGGACCUGAAGUUGGUAACUCGUGAACGUGAUCGUCUUGCUGAGAAGAGAGACAAUGAUCAAGGACUAGAGACUGAACUUCAACUGGCAGAGCUGCAGGAACAGAUUUCAUCUCUCACUAAGGAGAGAGAUGCGCUUCAGGAAAUACUGGAGAGUGUCAGAGCUGAAAACAAUCAAAACAUAGAGAUGGCUUCAAAGAAUCAAGAUGAACUAAGAUCUGUGCGGGAAGAUCUGAGACAGCAGCAGCAACUGGUCAGUGACCUGAAAACCCAGACUGCCAAGAGAGAAUCUGAACUACAAGAAAGAUUAAACCAGGGGACUCAUGAACUGAAGCUGGUAACCAGUGAACGGGAUCAUCUUCUAGCUGAGAGGAGAGAUGCUGCAGAACUUGGAGAUUUGCAGGAACAGAUUUCAUCUCUCACUAAGGAGAGAAAUGAACUUUGGGAAAUACUGGAGUGUGUCAGAGCUGAAAAGAACCAGAUGAAGGAUGACUUGCAUAAGAACAUUGAUAUGGCCAUAGAGACCCAAGAGGAACUGAGACAGCAGCAGCAAUUGAUCAGUGACCUGAAGAACCAGAUUGCAGCAAGAGAAUCUGAACUACUCGAAAAAGUAAACCAGGUGACAGAGGAGCUGAAGUUGGUGACAGGUGAACGGAAUCAGUUGUCCUCUCUCGCCAUGGAACGAGACGAGCUGCAGGGAACAUUGAAGAGUGUCAGAGCAGAAAUGGACCAGCUCAGAAAGACCUCUGAAGAGAUCUUGUCAACUUCUGAGACUCAACUGAAGCACCAACAGCAAGUGGUUGAGGAGUUUAAAAACCAGGUUGCUGAAAAAGAAGCUCAGAUAUCAAGUCUGCAGCACAAACUGGCAGAAGAGAUCAACCAGAUGACGGAGGAGCUGAAGUUGGUAACUCGUGAACGUGAUCAUCUGGCUGAGAAGAGAGACAAUGAUCAAGGACUAGAGACUGAACUUCAACUGGCAGAGCUGCAGGAACAGAUUUCAUCUCUCACUAAGGAGAGAGAUGCGCUUCAAGAAAUACUGGAGAGUGUCAGAGCUGAAAACAAUCAAAACAUAGAGAUGGCUUCAAAGAAUCAAGAUGAACUAAGAUCUGCUCAGGAAGAGCUGAGACAGCAGCAGCAACUGGUCACUGACCUGAAAACCCAGACUGCAAAUAGACAAUCAGAACUACAAGAAAAAGUAAACCAGGUGACAGAGGAGCUGAAGUUGGUGACAGGUGAACGGAAUCGGUUGUCCUCUCUCGCCAUGGAACAAGGCGAGCUGCAGGGAACAUUGAAGAGUGUCAGAGCAGAAAUGGACCAGCUCAGAAAGACCUCUGAAGAGAUCUUGUCAAAUUCCGAGACUCAGCUGAAGCACCAGCAGCAAGUGGUUGAGGAGUUUAAAAGCCAGGUUACUGAAAAAGCAGCUCAAAUAUCAAGUCUGCAGCACAAACUUGCUGCAGAGUCCGAGAAUCGAGAGAUAUUGAGGCAAACCCAUGAAGAGUUAAUGCAUAGACGUCAAGAAGUUGAGCAAUUAAGGUGCCAAUUUGCUAAAAAAGAAGCUCAGAUAUCUAACAUGCAGGAAACCCAGGCACAUAAGUUGCUGAGUUUCACUGAAGAGUUAAAGCAGUCUGCUACUAACCAAAGCCAUGUUAUAGCUCAGAAUUUGAGUCUUGUUCAGAGCCAGGAGAGGCUGAACAAAGAGCUGGAGGAACUGAGGACCAGUGUCUCCCGACUGUCGGGAAUUGAGCUGGAGGCACUGGAGCAUGAGAAGAAGCUUAGUCAACUCCAAGGAGAUAUGGCAGCAUUGGCUCGGGAAAGAGAUGAGCUUCAGAAAGCCCUUGACCACUUGCAAGUGACAAUGAAUGUGGAAAAGAGUAAUAUUGAGUUGUGUUUGUCUGAAGAGAAAAAAGAAAACCAAAGGCUUUUAGAAAAGAUUACAGGCUUUGAGGAACAGAUUGCCUCCAUGGGGAGCAAAUGCAAUCCAACCAUUGGAGAGAUGGAGAAACUGUCGCUGCGUCUUGAGGGAACAGAUCAUCAACUGAAAGGCUGUGUGCAGAGCUUCCAUAAGCUAAAAGACCAGUUUGAAAGCUGGUUUAGCAACAUGGACACCAUCCUGCUAAAGGACUUUGGUUCUCAGAAGGAGCUUGUGUCGCAGCUGCUUUCGCCAUUUUCUUCUGCACAAACAAAGCCUGUUGAGAUCUUGAACUCUGAUAUUCAGAGAAUGAACUUGCAGUUCAAAUGUGUAUUAAAGAAACUAAAGUUUUUAUACACAGCUUUAGCCCAGAAUCAGAUGGAACACCAUCAGCUGACUGCUCAGUAUGAAAUGGAUUGCUAUGAAGAGAACAAGAAGCAGGAGCUUCUGGUCAAGAAGAUACAAUUUCUGACGGACGAUGGCUCUACAAAGUACAAUGACUCUACAAAGUACAAUGAUCAAUGUGAAACUGAAAGAUUCUCGGCACUACUUGAAAAGAGAGAUUUGCAAUUGCAGGAAAUUCGCCAGAUUUUAUCAGAGCUGGAACACAUUUUUAUUAAAACUGACUCUGAACUACAACAGGAACUACGGGAUCGAGAGAAAUUGAAAUUGAAACUAAAGGCUUUGAACAGUUCAUCCAUCUCUAAUGUAAUGGAAAUAUUAAGCCAGGAGAAAACUAGAAUGAAGCAACAUGUUGAGCUUACAUCACAGGCCCUAAAGAGCCUGGCAUUAAAGUUUACGGAUUUUGAUAAAAAAAGAAAAUCUUUCAGAUUCCAUUCAAAUAAACAGCUAGAAGAAGAAAAGAAAAAAAGUGAAAAUCUCAUUCAGCAACUGGACUCGCUUACAAAUGUAGUUCCGAACAGUGGUGCAGCUUUAUUCGUGCUAGAAGAAAACCAGAGGCUUAUGGAUAAACUUGGAGCAAAUGAAAUGGAAAUAAAGCAAAUGCAAUUAAAAAUUAAAGAGCUUCAAGGUGCCUUAGGUAUAGCUGAAGAAAAUGCAUUGGAACAAGGGAGGAGGACAAAUGCAUUGCAGGGGGACCUGAAGGAACUUCAAGCAAAAUUGACUGAGAAGGAGAAUGCCAUCAAAGGUCUGAAGAUUAAUCUGGUACAUGUUGAGGCAAAAAAGAAAGGGGAGGCCCCAUACACAGAAGAACUUGAACGUCUUAAGGCAAAGGUGGUAAAAAUGGAGUUUGAGAGGACUGGCCUAUCAAGAACAUGCCAACAAGAGAUUGAUUCAUUGAAAGCAACUCUGGAUUUAAAAGAGGACAACCUGAGAAACCUCAGAGAAAAACUCAGGAGGAUGCAACAAGACCAUGAUGAAACAAUGCAUGAUGAUCACAGAAAUCAACACCCCACUAAUGCAGGAUCUCUGGCCUGUGUAAGUGGUUUUGGAAUCGUACAGAGCACAGCAGUGAUGGUGAUGAAAGCUGAAAAAGCUAAACUAGAAGCUGAAGUACACCAGCUGAAGAAGAAAAAUGAUCAUCUUGAUAGUACUGUCUUGAACCUGCAAGAUGAGGUUUCUAAAUGGAAGGUCAGGGCAAGGAAUCUUAAAGACUCAUCAAAGGCGAUGCAUUCCUUGACUGAUAUAGAAAGACGUUCGGAAUGUCUACCUUUGUCUCCACUAAAACAACACGUUUCAGUACCUCAGACUCCAUCUCCACGUAGAAAGCUUGCAGCCUUUGAAACACUGGUGCUCGAUUCCCCUAAAAGUAAAUUCUUUGACUCCCAACCUGAUUCGAUGUCUGUGUCUCGUCCAACACCGUUCUUUGACAACUCCAGUCUGGGAAUGGUACCAGAGCCUACAAAAGAAGCUGGAAGUGAAACUCAAGACUGGUGGGCUUCAGCUCCUCGAAAGAAUAAUGAUACCGUUUCAGAGUGCAAAACUCAGUAAAUAAGAGCAGGGACUCAACACGAUUUAUCAGCAUUGCCACAGUAUUCACCACUUUUGUUUUAGAUAUGUAGGCUUGCUCACUUCAACAAAAAACAACCUAAUAAAUAUUUAAGUAUCAUGAAGUAUGUUGUGUGCAUUGGUCACAGGGAAUUUUGGUUUAUAUUGGAUUCCAGUAUCUGCACCCAAGUCGAGCACGGUGGUUUUUUCUCUAGACUAAAUUAAAUACAUUGAAAGUUAUUGCAUUAACGGGUUAUAUAGUUCAGUGACAGAGCAUAUGACUUUCUCUAAAACAGCUGUCCAACUUUUUUGGUUACCAGGGAAUUCUAACAGCCAUAGAAAAGGGGGACAAAAAGACUAAAUAGUAGCAACUACUUUGAGACAUGGCUUUAUUUGUUUUCUCAAUAAAUGUGUUGCAUGCUUAAAACAAUGUAUUAAAUACUUAACGGACCAUUUGCUUUUGUCAAGAUCAGUAAUAACACUAGUCAAUGUUUUGAAUGGCAUUCCCCAACCUACAGUCCUAGAACAGGAGUGUCUAACGUGUGUUGCUCAUAUAAGUGCUCCACUCUUGUUGUACAUUUUGUCUUUUGGGUGUUUUUGUUUUGUUUUAAUUGUGUGUUUUGACUUGUUUUAUAUUCUAAGGGCUGUAUCUUGUUAAUAGCAACCCCUUGUUGGCAAUAAUACAAUUUAUACAUGUAAUCUAUUGGGAGAAAUUGUAAAUAAUAAACAGUAGCUUUUGUAUUUAAU